AUGCUCUGCAUCAAACGAGAUCCAAAAUUUGACGCUCGACAAUCAAAACGAGAAGAGUACGUGCCACUGAAACAAGUAAGUGUCGAAGCUAAUAUUCGAUCAUUCGCUGCCGAUGUCGUUAUCAAGCAAGUCUUUCGCAACGAUGAAACAAUACCGAUCGAAGCCGUGUAUUGUUUUCCAAUCGAAGAACAAGCAGCUGUCUACGCUUUUGUUGCUCGCAUUGAUGAUCGAGAAAUUGUUGCUGAAUUGAAAGAGAAGAAAGAAGCCCAGAAAGAAUACAGCGAUGCUCUUCGACAAGGUCAUGGUGCCUAUUUGCUUGAACAAGAUGAAAAAUCGCAAGACAAUUUUGUCAUUAACGUAGGUGCAUUACCACCGGGCAAAGAAUGUCACAUUUCUAUUUCGUACGUCUCCGAAUUGGAUCUCGUGCAAAAUGGAAGCAAAAUUCGCUUUGUUGUCCCGACAACCAUUGCACCUCGCUACAAUCCAAACAAAGGUGGUAUCGAUUCACCAGCUGGUACGACAUCGAAAUAUGUUCAAACAAGUCCAUACACAAUCGAAUUUCGUUGUCAAAUAGACAAAAUUGGUAUUUCACGUGUCAGCUCGUCAUCGCAUCCAAUUCAGGUCGAUGUCAGUAAACAAGAUACCUAUGUUAUCGAAUUUGCCCAACAAAAUACUCAUUUGGAUCGAGAUAUUCUUGUCGAUAUUGAGUUAGUUGAAAAUCGUUCAAAUACCAUGGUCGCUGUUGAGUCCGGUGCUGUAAUGGCUUGGUUUACACCUAAUGAAGAAGAUUGUCAACGUGCAAUGAACAGUGCAGAAACAACUAAUGAAUUUAUUUUCGUUGUCGAUUGCAGUGGUUCGAUGCAAGAUGAGAACAAGAUUGGAUUGGCUCGUCAAGCGAUGUUACUCUUUCUCAAGAGUCUUCCAGUCGAUUGCCAUUUCAAUAUUAUUCGGUUUGGGUCAAGUUAUCAGACACUAUUUUCAGAUAUAACUGCUGUAUACAACGAAGAAAAUGCGCGAAAGGCCGAACAAUUAACUAAUCAGAUGAAAGCAGAUUUAGGUGGUACCGAGCUGUUACGUCCUCUUCAAUGGCUUGAAGAACAUCCGCCGAGACAAGGUCGUGCUCGACAGAUCUUUCUUUUAACCGACGGAGAGAUUUCCAAUGUCGAUGAAGUACUCGAUCUGUGUCGUUCGAUGGCUACUUCAGCUCGAAUAUUUUCCUUUGGUUUGGGUCAUUCGCCAAGUCGUUCAUUAGUCAAAGGCCUUGCACGAGCAACAAACGGCCGUUUUGUUUUCAUUCCACCCAACAGCAGUGUCGAUAUUCAUGUCGGUGAACAAUUACAAAAAGCUUUACAAACCUGUAUAACUAAUGUACAAAUCAAAUGGAAUUUGGGUACAUCAGUGAUGAGCGCCCCAACAAAAACGCCACCGAUUUAUGCCAAUGAUCGUCUCAUUGUCUAUGCACUUGCUAGUGAUCAAAUGUCGACAUUUGAUCACAAUUCAAGUGUCGAACUGUAUACAGAUAAACAGCGAUUAGGUGAAGCAAAAAUCGAUCGUGUGCCGAACGUGAGUGUCAAUGGUACAAUUUCUCGACUCGCUGCGAAAGCACUCAUUCUCGAAUUACAACAUUCCAAACUUCCUUCAAGAAAGAUUACUGGUUCGUUGCAAACUCGAUUUGCAGAACAUAAUCAAUUGUCGACAACGACAACAACCAACUCGAAAGAAGAGACCACGAAGCGAAUAAUCGAAUUAUCGCUUAAGUAUAAGAUCCUCAGUCCGCAUACAGCUUUUGUUGGUGUUGAAAAACGAGUGAAUGCAAAUAACGCCGAAAUGGUCUUGCGCGAAGUGCCCAUUCAAAUAUCGGCCGAUGAUCAGCACUUGGAAGCAUCCCAUUUCAUGAGUUUUAAGGCUUCAUCAAUGUCGGUGCCUCGCGCAGCAUCAUCUUCGAUUAUGCCGAUGGUAUGCAAUGAGGAUGCGGUAUCUACAAAUAGUUCCUCAUGUUUUAGUGAUUACGGAAUUAGAACUGAAUCGGGAUCGUCGCGAAGCACGCAAGUCCAAUUUCGACGAGUUAUGGAUGCCGAAGCCCACGACGAUUUAAAAUAUAAAUGUCAAUCAUUUGCUUCUACCCAUGCGAUUAAAGGCAGCACAUAUUCAGAUAAGAACAAUCCAAAGUAUAUCGAACAGAAAGAAAAGAAAGAGACAUGGCCUGUAGGUGAUGAAAACAUAGUUCGUUAUUUGAUCAACAAACAAAAAUUUGAUGGUCUAUGGGAUUUGGAUGCAGAAAAUAUCAAACAAUUGACUGGCAAAUCUCUAGAGAAUUUUUCACCAUCUAAUAAUCGUCAAGUUCUUAUCUCGGCAAUUGUUGUUAUUGCACUUGAAACUCGCUUCGCUGCAUUGUCAACGAUGUGGCACGGUAUAGUGCAAAAAGCACGCAAACGUCUUCUCGAUUUGCUCGGUAAAGAUGCCAAACAACUUGAAUCAUUACUCGAGAACAUUCGCAAACAAUUUUAA